ACGCGCGAUGGGCGGCGCCAUCUUGGGGGCGACGGGAGCCGCUCGGGACCAAACGUCCUUCCGCCCGCCGCCAUGGGGUCGCGGGAGCCCUGCCGCCGGCUGGAAGCGGUGCUCGGCGCCCUCUACGACCUGGGUGAGGAGCGCGGUGCUCGGGGCGCGGCGAAGGACAGCGAGGCGAGCGUAGGGGCGGCGGCGGCGGCGAAGAAGAAGAAGAAGGAGAAGGAGGAGGAGGAGAACCGAGGACCGCAGCCGGCGGCGGGCGGGCGGCGGGGAGCCCGCGACUUUUUUGGGGAGCUGCGGGCUGAGCUGGCCGCCGCCGGCCCGCCGCCCCCCGCCACGCCGCCGGCCGUGGAGGUCGUGGUGUUUCGCGGGAGGAAGAGGAAGGGGCGGCCCAGCCCCUCGGUAGCACCCACCGGAGGUGCCCAGACCAAAAGAGUGGAUGAAGAUAAAAAUGUGAACGAACAAGAAUUUAACUUUGAAAAAGCUCGUCUGGAAGUACACAAGUUUGGAAUCACUGGCUACAAGAAGCAGGAACAACGUAUAUGGGAACAGGAGCGUGCUAUCAUGCUGGGAGCCAAGCCCCCCAAAAAAGAACAUGUGAACUACAGGACUUACCAGGAGAAAAUGAAAGAGAAGAAAAUGGCAAAGGAGUAUGAUAAGGGAAAGCAGGAACAUAAAGGUGAUUCUCUCAAGAAGAAGAAGAAAGAACAGAAGGAGAGGAAGGCCAAAAGGAAGAAAUCAGUGCCUAGCAUUUGGCCUGCAGGACAAGUUGGAAAAUUCAGGGAUGGGACCUUGAUUCUGCAAAGCCAUGACAUAAAGAAAAUUAAAUCAUCUAAAGUUAUCAAAUGAACCUAUGAUACAGAGCAAAAUGGACAAUAUACAUAAGAUAGAAUUCACAUUGCUACCAACACAGAUUUACAGAGCCUGUCGCCUUUCUGCCAUGUCCUAAUUUUUUUACCUUAUUUGUUGUUGCAGGAUUUUCUACAUUCCAUUCUGACUUGGGAAGAAUAUGAAAAUUUACUGUUUUAUAAAUAAAAAUAAGACUUUAUAUUAAGAACUUUACACAGGCUAUUUUUAUUAGUCAAUACACGCUAAAGAAAGCAUGUAACUUUCUGGAGUCAGCUUCUUGGCCAAAAGUAAAAUGUCCACUUAAUCCAGUAAUUAAUGGAUUAAAAUAUAUAGCUCUUCACUUUCAUCUGGAAGGAAUAUGGAAAAAACAAUACCUUACUUGCUCUGAAGCUGAAGUUGUUACUCUCAAACAUUUAUUGGGCGUACAUCUGUUUCUGUGACUUUAUGAAUUGUUAGUGGAUUGUGGAACUGCACAACAGUUUUCCUGUUCGGCAAAACCUCUCACAGUUUCAAAAUUAUCUGCUUUGGAAUAAAACCAAGAUUUUCUGAAUUUUUGUCCCAAAUUGAGUUACGGACUCAAUUUAUAUAACUCUGCAAAGAUUUCCAAAUAAGCACUGUUUCAGAUGGUGGCUUGGUGGCUUGUUUUUAAAAAUAAACCCAUGUAAGACUGAGCCAAAUGAGGCAUAGACACUUGAUAGCUACUGGUUGUUCAUGGUUAACUCAUGUUUAUUUUAAUCAGUGUUCCCAUGCCUCAUAAGGCUUUUCUGUGAAUUCUUUGUCAAAACUGAAGUUUUAGUGCUAUUUAGAUUUCAGUAAUUUGGUGUUUCUGAAAGAAUAGUUUUGUCCUCUGCAUCUGAAUAUUUUUGUUUUUAAGGUUGUGUUAGUAACCUUUCAAAGUGUCCUCUCCAUUCUACGUCAAGCUUAAGAAAUGAAUAUUUUAGGGGGAGGCAAAAGUAAGGUUAGCUGCUAAAUGACAUACAAAAAAAGUUCACGCUGUGUUGUUUCCAGAUAAGGUUAUCUGGAGCUUGUUUGAACAGCUCUGGCAGUGAAGCAGGUGUGUAUAAGAUGGAACACAGCCCUUACUGGAGAAAGUUCUUUUAGGUGUGUUGGUGAGAUUCAGCGUUCCCCUGUGGGCUGGGGAAGCUGUUGGAGAAUGGCUAAGGGAAAAGGGACAUGGAUCUAGAGAUCCUCUUUGCGACGAGAGUCUCUUUUAAGUUAGCAUGAGUAGGCCUCAGUCAGCAAGAGUGAACAACAGCGAGAGUGAGUCCCGUGGGAAAGUACUGACUAAGGUUCUGAGAUGAAACAUUCUCUAUCUCGUCAAGGUUGGGAAGCAUUCCUUCUUCUUCUUUAAUCAGGGGAGGAUGGAGAAAUGAGCAUUUUUUGUUUCUCCUAAACUAACUUAUCUGGGUCUUUCCCAGGGCUUGGGCCAACAAGCCCUGGCACGGCUUGCUUGUAUUUUAUCCAAUCAAUGAUUGACUAGUAGGCAUAAUUAAGCAGAAGGAUUAUGAAAGGCUGUAAUGGAAAUCAAUAAAUUGAAGCAUGCUUUAUCACUCA